CACCCACACCCUACAUUUAUUGGUUCACAACCCCUUAAAAACUGCUACUUUCCUCUCAAAACUUACAUAAAUUUCUCAUACAACUCUAGACAGAGAGAGAGAGAGAAAGAAAAUGAAGACACAUUUAGCAUUAUCUAUCUUUCUUAUUGCUCUGUUGAUACAAAACCACAACACUUUUCUUGAAACUGAGGCAGUAAGAACCACAAAUGGUGGAUUCAUUACAACAAGUGGGGUGCAUUUCAUGUUAAAUGGUAGCCCUUAUUAUGCAAAUGGCUUUAAUGCUUAUUGGUUGAUGGUUUUAGCCUCAGACCCUUCUCAAAGAUCCAAAGUUACAGCAGCCUUUCAAGAUGCAUCUUCCCAUGGCCUCUCUAUUGCAAGAACUUGGGCUUUUAGUGAUGGGGGUGUCACUCCUUUACAAUACUCCCCUGGUUCUUACAAUGAGCAAAUGUUCAAGGGGUUAGAUUUUGUGGUGGCUGAAGCAAGAAGAUUUGGGAUCAAGCUAAUUUUGAGUAUGGUAAACAACUAUGAAAAUAUGGGUGGCAAAAAGCAGUAUGUGAAUUGGGCUAGAAGUCAAGGCCAGUACUUAACAUCUGAUGAUGAUUUCUUUACAAACCCUGUUGCUAAGGGGUUCUACAAGAACCAUGUGAAGACUGUACUCAAUAGGUACAAUACAAUCACUGGAGUUGUGUAUAAAAAUGACCCUACAAUCAUGGCUUGGGAGCUUAUGAAUGAGCCCAGAUGCACUUCUGAUACAUCAGGAGGAACUAUUCAGGCCUGGAUUACAGAAAUGGCUGCACAUGUGAAAUCGAUAGACGGAAACCACUUGCUAGAAGCAGGGCUCGAGGGCUUUUACAGCGAAAACGGUCGCCAGAAUCCUGGUUUCAAUGUUGGAACCGAUUUUAUCUCAAACAACCAAAUUCCUGGCAUCGAUUUCGCCACCCUCCACUCGUAUCCAGACCAAUGGUUAACAAGCUAUGAUGAUCAAACUCAGCUCAAUUUCCUGAGCAAUUGGCUAAGAACCCACAUUUAUGAUGCCCAAUACGUCCUCAAGAAACCAUUACUCUUGACCGAAUUUGGAAAAUCGGCUAAAGAUCCGAACUUUAGCCCGUACCAAAGAGACCAACUGUAUAACUUGGUCUACAAUAACAUAUAUCUUUCGGCUAAACACGGUGGAGCUGCAGCCGGCGGUCUGUUCUGGCAGCUCCUAGCUGAAGGAAUGGACUCUUUUGGUGAUGGGUAUGACGUAGUUCUGAGCCGAGCGACCUCAACGGCUAAUAUUAUUGGCCAGCAGGGGCGCCGGCUUUACCAGAUUAGAAAAAUAUUCGCUAGGAUGAGAAACGUGCAGAGGUGGAAGAGGGCUAAAGCCGCUAGGCGGGCUCAAUGGCUCGCUUGGAAACGAGGCGUGAAGCCGAUUGGAAACUAACGAUAACCGGUGACUUUUGGUUUUUGUUACAAAAACUCGUGAGGCAUAAUUUAUAAUUGAUCUCAUAAAAUAGUUUGGGUUUGUUUGCCGUUCAAAAAAAAAAAAAAAAAUACACGUUUGUGUUGUUCUCUCUUAGAGAUGCAAAAUGUACAUCCAGGAGGGUGGUUUUGAAUCUUGUACUAGUGACAUCGAAGAUGGAAACUUUAUGUUUGUUUGAAAUUAAUUAAUAUGUUGUAAUUCGUGUUUGUUGGUAUUUAAGUUUAUCAACAUGUAUAUGUAACUGAAUUUGCAAAUUUAAUAUUAAAAGAGUUCGUGUUG